UGCCUUCCACAACCGCUCAUUUUCUUCGGAACGGAGCUCCUACUCUUUCUUUCAUCUGUCUCCAUUUUAAUUCAUUCAUUCCCAUUCGUGUUCUAGUUGAGCAUAUAGUAUAGUGGCAUUCAUAGAGGAGCUUUUGUGUAGUGCCAAAUAAAGUAUUAUCAAGCAAAUUUCAACGUGUAGGUGUAAUAUAAUAAGAUAUGGCUCCCAUCUUCCACUGUAUAUUGGCUGUGUUCCUUGGAAUCAACGCAGUCCAAGGCCUGAAAUGUUACAACUGUAACUCAGAAAAUAGCGUCCAAUGUAAAUGGGGAUUCACUUCUUUCACUUACAAUACCGAAGAGUGUGGCAGUGCUGGAGUUUUUGACAACGUGAUCGGACCAAAAUGUUAUAAAAUAACAGCUGAAAGUAAAGAUGGCAGGGAAUAUAUUGCAAGAGGAUGUCUACCACCAGCCACUUUUGGUUGUUCGGCUAUGGCAAAAGCAGUUGGAUGGUUAUCCUCAAGCACAAGCAAUGACCCCCAUAGCUUGGAAAACCUCAGCUGUGAAACUUGCGAAACUGAUAAAUGCAACUCCGCUGAAAAAGUUGUCGCUUUCACCUUCAUUGCUCUGAUUUUGUCCGCCGUCGCAUUUUUGGUCUAAAUGACGAAAAAACAUUCCAUUUAAUCAUUGCUAUGUUCUAUUGUUUUUGCUUGAUGACAGUGGAAGAGAAAGUGAUCGAAUGUGAGGACAAAUUACUCUUCAAGAAGUUACCAUUCCUUUGUAACAUAUUUAAUCUAGAGCUUGUUUAUAUAAAAUGUUAGGCUUUAGGUGAUCUCAUCAGAUAGUGGUCACUUUAUCUGAUGGAAUUCUUACGAUUAGUAGCUUUAACAUGUAAGUUGGAUGUGUACAACAGUUUCAAAAUAUUUAAAUGUAUUUUUUUACGAAUUGAGAACCAAUUGAUCCUUUUUGAGGUACAAAACUUGAGGUUGUAAUGCAAAAUCAAAUAAUUGAUGGGUUGUGAAUGAAGUGUAAAUCUUGAAUGUCACCUUUUCUACGGUAUUAAAAGAACCCCAGUGUUAGGAAAUCGUUUUCAGUAGAUUCAUUUCAUGCCAGAUGUUCCAGUAAAAAAUAUCAAAUCGAUAGAUUGAUGUAGAUCUGAGCAAAACCUUCACAAGAAAAGAUUCUGAAUCAAAAUUGCUACUACUUCGGUUGGUCACACGACCAACAUACUAUAAAUGAACCAUUCUGAAAGUUGAACAGAAAACGUCAAAGAAUGCAGCUGCUUUAUCCAAAAUUCCGAUGAUUUCAUCCCAUGUACCAUGUCCCAGUUGAAUUGAUUUUCAAAAUUACUUUACUCAUGUAGGUCCCAGUGUAAAAAAGAGUGACAUCAAGGAUAAUCUUCCUAAAUUGACUUCCCAAACAAUUUUGAUUGAAACUGUUUCGUUAGUAGAGUACCAAACUUUUGUAUGUUUUUAUUGAUUGUAUUAAAGUAUAAUAUUAAUAAU